ACUCUGGACAGAAUGUGGCUCUCACAGGACCUAAGUCCAUAUGUAAACACGUCUAAACUUGGGACUGGGAGGUGAUUUUCUUUUUUUAUUCACCGGCGUCUACACUUCAGGAAGAGCAGCAGGAAUUCCUUUGGGUGUGUGUGUGUGUGUGUGUGUGCUUGUGUUGGAGCGUAAUCCACCGCAAAGUACCCACAGGAAGAACAUGAAGGAAGAGAUGCUGUUCCUCUAUCCUCCUUUUGACUUUUUAUUGAACAUUUUAGGCUUCGUCUUCUUCCUCAUAGAUGUGGUGCUUGACAUUUGCACAGUGGUGGAUUUCUAUCAGAAGCAGGAGUUUGUCAGUAUGGGAGUACUGAUCUUCCUGUUGCUGGGCUCGUCUACGCUGCUACAAGUGUUCAGCUGGCUCUGGUACAGUUACAGCACAGAGCAGGAGAGGAGCAACCUCAGUCAAGCCAUCUAUUUGGAGAAGUACUUCAAGAACAGACGCGUUCUGAAGGCACUCCAUGUGUGUCAAGUAGGGGUCUUUCUAAGGUUUAUUGGGGUGAUGGAGAUAUCGCUGCGCAACCUGGCCAGCCACAGCGCUCUGAGGGAGGGCAUCGCCGUCUACCUGACCCAUGACCUCAGCCUGCUGCGGCUCAUUGAGACGUUCACCGAGAGCGUCCCCCAGCUCGCCCUCAUGAUCGCCGUCAUCGCAAUCAAAGGGAACUUGGAAUGGAUGACAGGUCUGAAAACUCUUGGCUCAUUUGUCACCAUCGCCUUCAGCGUUGUCACCUACCACCGUUCCAUGCGAAACUUCACCCAGCGCAAGUCCCAGCUCACGUGGCCCUCGUCUGUAGUCUACUUUCUGUGGAACCUGUUCCUGAUCGCCCCGCGUGUGGCCGUCGUGGGCCUGGUUGGCUCUACACUACCUGAGGUGAUGGCUGCCCAUUUCAUCGGCCUGUGGAUUGCACUGUUUGUCUGGGCCUGGCUCCAGAAAACAGACUUCAUGGAAGACAAAGUCUGGGAAUGGCUCUACCGGGCCACCGUAGCUCUCAUCUGGUACUUCAGCUGGUUCAACGUGUCCAAGGGCCGGUCAAAAGGAAGAAGCGUCCUGUAUCACUCCAUCAUGGCAGUGGACAUGGCGCUUCUCCUAGUGCUGUGGUGGUGGUGGGAAGGCAGUCAAGAUGCGCAAAUAUUUGGUGUGCCAGUGAUGGUAGGGUUUGCUUCCGUGGCUGCUCUCUACUGUUCAGGAAUCCUAGGGAAACUGCUGUACUACAGACUAUGUCAUCCUAGGAAGCUAUCUGAUGAUGAAGACGAGGAGAAGGCGCCAGCAUGCUAUGUUUAUGAUGAGGUUGACUUACCUAUGCCUCCUGUACAAACCCAUUUAUUAGUAGUAUUACCAAAACCACUUCCUUUGACGGCUGCUCAGAAGAGGAUGCAGAAAAUGGCUGGACAUUUUUUCUCUUAACCCUGCUUGUGUGUGUGUCUUUUAUAGAGACACAUUACCCUUUGCUGAUGCUCUUGCCACUGUACAGUAAUUUAUACUAUAGUACUGUAUAUAGUUAUAGUAAUUCAUACUAAAUCAGAACAUUUUUAGGGUAUUUUACAACAUCAGAGAACAUGCACUGACGGGACUACCUAGUGUUCCAGUGCAAUUUUAGCACUGGCAUCUGGACCACACCCAUUGUUAAGCUGCACUUAAAGGUGUUUGUGGUUAGUGCUGCUCUACUCCACACAGCUCAAGCCUUCACAAGCUGUAAAUAUUGUACAUUUUGUA